AUGGAUGAGCUGACGGUGAACCACGAGGCAGCCAUUCAGGAGCUGAGGGACAUGCACAACAUUACCAUGACAACGCUGCACGAGGAGCACGCUCGCACCAUGAGGGGUAAGACACACACUUUUGUUUUACUAUCCUUGUUUGGACCAAACAAUUGAUUCUCAUUCAAAAUCCUAUUUUUCCUAACCCUUAACCUAACCCUAACUCCUAUACCUAACCCCAAACCCUAAUUCUAACCCUAAUUCUAAUCCUAAACCUAACACCUAAGCCUAAAUAAGCCUUUUUCCUUGUGGGGACCCCACUUGUCCGAAUUCUCCCAACAAGGAAAGUUAAACCUAAAACAUUCAAUGACGUCUUUCUUAUCCUCUCGUGUUUCUCUCUCUCUCUCUCUCUCUCUCUCUCUCUCUCUCUCUCUCUCUCUCUCUCUCUCUCUCUCUCUCUCUCUCUCUCUCUCUCUCUCUCUCUCUUCUCUCUGUCUCUGUCUCUGUCUCUGUCUCUGUCUCUCUGUCUCUCUGUCUCUGUCUCUCUCUGUCUCUCUCUCUCUCUCUCUCUCUCUGUCUCUCUCUCUCUCUCUCUCUCUGUCUCUCUCUCUCUCUCUCUCUCUCUAGACCUAAGGAAGGCUCAUGAGCAGCAAAAGGUGACUCUGGAAGAAGACUUUGAGAAGCUCAGACUCUCUCUGCAGGUAUAGUAAACACACAUGUCAAGUUGCUAACAGGACAGUCAAACUUGAAGUCGCCAUAGUUUUGACGAUCAGCAUGCUAGCUUCGUGAGUCGUUUUUGGGGGGAGUUGAAGAUUGAAUCCCGGGUCGGCUGUAACAGUUGAUAAGAUGAAUAGAUAAGCACAGAUUCAUUCAAAUGGAUCAGUAAAUAUAUAAUGUGAUUCUGAUUAAUGGAAUCAAAAGGAUCACUAAAUAUAUAAUGUGAUUCUGAUUAAUGGAAUCAAAUGGAUCACUAAAUAUAUAAUGUGAUUCUGAUUAAUAGAAUCAAAUGGAUCACUAAAUACAGUGGGGAAAAAAAGUAUUUAGUCAGCCACCAAUUGUGCAAGUUCUCCCACUUAAAAAGAUGAGAGAGGCCUGUAAUUUUCAUCAUAGGUACACGUCAACUAUGACAGACAAAUUGUGAAAAGAAAUUCCAGAAAAUCACAUUGUAGGAUUUUUUAUUAAUUUAUUUGCAAAUUAUGGUGGAAAAUAAGUAUUUGGUCACCUACAAACAAGCAAGAUAUCUGGCUCUCACAGACCUGUAACUUCUUCUUUAAGAGGCUCCUCUGUCCUCCACUCGUUACCUGUAUUAAUGGCACCUGUUUGAACUUGUUAUCAGUAUAAAAGACACCUGUCCACAACCUCAAACAGUCACACUCCAAACUCCACUAUGGCCAAGACCAAAGAGCUGUCAAAGGACACCAGAAACAAAAUUGUAGACCUGCACCAGGCUGGGAAGACUGAAUCUGCAAUAGGUAAGCAGCUUGGUUUGAAGAAAUCAACUGUGGGAGCAAUUAUUAGGAAAUGGAAGACAUAUAAGACCACUGAUAAUCUCCCUCGAUCUGGGGCUCCACGCAAGAUCUCACCCCGUGGGGUCAAAAUGAUCACAAGAACGGUGAGCAAAAAUCCCAGAACCACACGGGGGGACCUAGUGAAUGACCUGCAGAGAGCUGGGACCAAAGUAACAAAGCCUACCAUCAGUAACACACUACGCCGCCAGGGACUAAAAUCCUGCAGUGCCAGAUGUGUCCCCCUGCUUAAGCCAGUACAUGUCCAGGCCCGUCUGAAGUUUGCUAGAGUGCAUUUGGAUGAUCCAGAAGAGGAUUGGGAGAAUGUCAUAUGGUCAGAUGAAACCAAAAUAUAACUUUUUAGUAAAAACUCAACUCGUCAUGUUUGGAGGACAAAGAAUGCUGAGUUGCAUCCAAAGAACACCAUACCUACUGUGAAGCAUGGGGGUGGAAACAUCAUGCUUUGGGGCUGUUUUUCUGCAAAGGGACCAGGACGACUAAUCCGUGUAAAGGAAAGAAUGAAUGGGGCCAUGUAUCGUGAGAUUUUGAGUUAAAACCUCCUUCCAUCAGCAAGGGCAUUGAAGAUGAAACGUGGCUGGGUCUUUCAGCAUGACAAUGAUCCCAAACACACUGCCUGGGCAACGAUGGAGUGGCUUCGUAAGAAGCAUUUCAAGGUCCUGGAGUGGCCUAGCCAGUCUCCAGAUCUCAACCCCAUAGAAAAUCUUUGGAGGGAGUUGAAAGUCUGUGUUGCCCAGCGACAGCCCCAAAACAUCACUGCUCUAGACGAGAUAUGCAUGGAGGAAUGGGCCAAAAUACCAGCAACAGUGUGUGAAAACCUUGUGAAAACUUACAGAAAAUGUUUGACCUGUGUCAUUGCCAACAAAGGGUAUAUAACAAAGUAUUGAGAAACUUUUGUUAUUGACCAAAUACUUAUUUUCCACCAUAAUUUGCAUAUAAAUUCAUUAAAAAUCCUACAAUGUGAUUUUCUGGAUUUUUUUUUCUCAUUUUGUCUGUCAUAGUUGACGUGUACCUAUGAUGAAAAUUACAGGCCUCUCUCAUCUUUUUAAGUGGGAGAACUUGCUCAAUUGGUGGCUGACUAAAUACUUUUUUCCCCCACUGUAUACAAUGUGCCUUUCCACAGAGGGUUCUACAUGGAACCGAAAAGGGUUCUAUCUGGAACCAAAAGGGGUUCUCAUAUGGGGACAGCCAAAUAACCCUUUUGGAACACUUUUUUCUAAAAUUGUAUUGACAUGUUUACAGGUGUGUUUGGACAGUGAGGUAUAUUAAUAUUGACUGUUUGUGUAGGAUCAGGUGGAUACCCUGUUGUUCCAGAAGAGUAGUCUGAGAGACAAGGCCAAGCGCUUCGAAGAGGCACUGAGGAGGAGCACUGACGAACAGAUAGGGGUACUAAAAACGCAUUAUGAAUAACCUCACCUGAAACUGAACACUCCCCUAGCUUAUGUUCAAGCUUCAGCCCUGCGGGAUAACACAGUGUGUGUUCGUGUGUGUGUGUGUGUGUGUGUGUGUGUGUGUGUGUUCAUGUGUGUGUGUGUGUGUGUGUGUAUAGGAUGCCCUAGCCCCGUACCAGCACAUUGAGGAGGAUCUGAAGAGCUUGAAGGAUGUUGUGGAGAUGAAGAACAACCAGAUACACCAACAGGAGAAGAAGAUCUCUGACCUGGAGAGAGUGGUAGGCUCAACAUGCUGUCACACACACACACACACACACACACACACACUGUAACAGACAGUACAGUACACAGACAGAACAUUACAUAGACAGUAUACAGUACAUUACAUAGACUCUGUGUUUUUUGAGCAGGCCCAGAAGAACGUAGAGUACAGUAGAGUUGACAUUGUCUCUCUGUGUUUUUUGAGCAGGCCCAGAAGAACGUUUUGUUAGAGGAACGGAUGCAGAUGCUACAGCAACAGAAUGAAGACCUGAUGGCUCGUAUAGACAAUAACCUAGUCCUGUCCAGGUAACACCCCCCCCCCCCCCCCCCACCUGAUGGCUCGUAUAGACAAUAACCUAGUCCUGUCCAGGUAACACCCCCCCCCACCUGAUGGCUCGUAUAGACAAUAACCUAGUCCUGUCCAGGUAACACCCCCCCCCCCCCCCCACCUGAUGGCUCGUAUAGACAAUAACCUAGCCCUGUCCAGGUAACACCCCCCCCCCCCCCCCCACCUGAUGGCUCGUAUAGACAAUAACCUAGUCCUGUCCAGGUAACACCCCCCCCCCCCCCCCCCCCCCCCCCCCCCCCCCCCCACCUGAUGGCUCGUAUAGACAAUAACCUAGUCCUGUCCAGGUAACCCCCCCCCCCACCUGAUGGCUCGUAUAGACAAUAACCUAGUCCUGUCCAGGGUAACACCCCCCCCCACCCCCACCUGAUGGCUCGCAUAGACAAUAACCUAGUCCUGUCCAGGUAACACCCCCCCCCACCCCACCUGAUGGCUCGUAUAGACAAAACCUAGUCCUGUCCAGGUAAAACCCCCCCCCACCUGAUGGCUCGUAUAGACAAUAACCUAGUCCUGUCCAGGUAACACCUCAACCCCCCCCCCCCCCCCCCCACCUGAUGGCUCGUAUAGACAAUAACCUAGCCCUGUCCAGGUAACACCCCCCCCCCCCCCCCCCCACCUGCUCCUAGAAAUCUGUAAAACAAUAACAAAUAAUAAUACAACUUGCGCAUACCUUUUCUUAUUUCCCCGGGAAUCAGGAGGGGAAAGUUCCCAGAAUUGCAACCCUAGAUUUCACUGAUAUCUGUGUUAUCAUUGACAGUUCUUACUUACAGUGACUGUGGUUGACUUACAUACAGUACUUUAUUAGAAUUCACUAACUGUAAGUCGCUCUGAAUGAGAGCGGCUGCUAAAUGACUCCAAUGUAAAUAUGUAACCAACCGGCUCUAUUUGGUUUUCAGGUAGCAACAUUUGAAAUUGUGUUUUUUUUACACAUUGGAUAAAAGUAGAGACUCAGAGCUAAAAUGUUAUGCCUUCUGGAACAUGUGAAGUUUCAUGUGCCUUAAUAACAAACUUGUAUUCCAUCCAUAAAUAUGAAUAAAAUUGUUAAAUUACGAGCCUAGUUGGUUUAGCCACGGAAAAAGACAGGAACCUUCCCACUAGCCAUGAUUGGCUGAGAUAAUGUAUGGGCUGGACAUGCCGGGAGAUGAGUUUGGAUUGGUCUGCCAUUUUUUAAUUUUUUUUAUUUAACCUUUAUUUAACCAGGUAAGCCAGUUGAGAACAAGUUCUCAUUUACAAGUGCGACCUGGCCAAGAUGAAGCAAAGCAGUGCGAUAAAAACAACAACACAGAGUUACAUAUGGAAUAAACAAAACGUACAGUCAAUAAUAGAAAAUAUAUAUACAGUGUGUGCAAAUGUAGUAAGUUAUGGAGGUAAGGCAAUAAAUAGGCCAUAGUGCAAAAUUAAUUACAAUUUAGUAUUAACACUGGAAUGCUAGAUGUGCAGAAGAUAAUGUGCAAAUAGAGAUACCGGGGUGCAAAUGAGCAAAAUAAAUAACAAUAUGGGGAUGAGGUAGUUGGGUGGGCUAAUUACAGAUGGUCUGUGUACAGGUGCAGUGAUCGGUAAGCUGCUCUGACAACUGAUGCUUAAAGUUAGUGAGGCUGAUAAGAGUCUCCAGCUUCAGAGAUUUUUGCAAUUCGUUCCAGUCAUUAGCAGCAGAGAACUGGAAGGAAUGGCGGCCAAAGGAGGUGUUGGCUUUGGGAAUGACCAGUGAGAUAUACCUGCUGGAGCGCAUACUACGGGUGGGUGUUGCUAUGGUGACCAAUGAGCUAAGAUAAGGCGGGGAUUUGCCUAACAGUGAUUUAUAGAUGACCUGGAGCCAGUGAGUUUGGCAACGAAUAUGUAGUGAGGACCAGCCAACGAGAGCGUACAGGUCACAAUGGUGGGUAGUAUAUGGGGCUUUGGUGACAGAAUGGAUGGCACUGUGAUAGACUACAUCCAAUUUGCUAAGUAGAGUGUUGGAGGCUAUUUUGUAAAUGACAUCGCCAAAGUCAAGGAUCGGUAGGAUAGUCAGCCGAGAGUAGUGAUUCUAAUUGGGCGGGCGGGUGCAAGCUGCGUUCGAUUGAAGAGCAUGCAUUUAGUUUUACUAGCAUUUAAGAGCAGUUGGAGGAUAAGGAAGUAGUGUUGUAUGGCAUUGAAGCUUGUUUGGAGGUUUGUUAACACAGUGUCCAAUGAAGGGCCAGAUGUAUACAAAAUGGUGUCGUCCGCGUAGAGGUGGAUCUGAAAGUCACCAGCAGCAAGAGCGACAUCAUUGAUAUACACAGAGAAUAGAGUCGGCCCAAGAAUUGAACCCUGUGGCACCCCCAUAGAGAUUGCCAGAGGUCCAGACAACAGGCCCUCCGAUUUGACACAUCUGAGAAGUAGUUGGUGAACCAGGCGAGGCAGUCAUUUAAGAAACCAAGGCUAUUUAGUCUGCCAAUAAGAAUGCGGUGGUUGACAGAGUCGAAAGCCUUGGCCAGGUCGAUAAAGACAGCUGCACAGUACUGUCUUUUAUCGAUCGCGGUUAUAAUAUCGUUUAGGACCUUGAGCGUGGCUGAGGUGCACCCAUGACCAGCUCGGAAACCAGAUUGCAUAGCGAAGAAGGUACGGUGGGAUUCGAAAUGGUCGGUGAUCUGUUUGUUAACUUGGCUUUCAAAUACUUUCGAAGGGCAGGGCAGGAUGGAUAUAGGUCUGUAAAUGUUUGGAUCUACUGUCACCCCCUUUGAAGAGGGGGAUGACCGCGGCAGCUUUCCAAUGUCUGGUGAUCUCAGAUGAUACGAAAGAGAGGUUGAACAGGCUAGUAAUAGGGGUUGCUACAAUUUCGGCUGCUAAUUUUAGAAAGAAAUGGUCCAGAUUGUCUAGCCCAGCUGAUUUGUAGGGGUCCAGAUUUUGCAGCUCUUUCAGAACAUCAGUUUAUCUGAAUUUGGGUGAAGGAGAAGCAGGGGGGGCAUGGGCAAGUUGCAGUGGAGGGUGCAGAGCUGGUGGCCGGGGUAGGGGUAGCCAGGUGGAAAGCAUGGCCAGCCGUAGCAAAGUUCUUAUUGAAGUUCUCGAUUAUCGUAGAUUAAUCGGUGGUGACCAUGUUUCCUAGCCUCAGUGCAGAGGGCAGCUGGGAGGAGGUGCUCUUAUUCUCCAUGGACUUUACAGUGUCCCAAAUCUUUUUGGAGUUAGUGCUACAGGAUGCACAUUUCUGUUUGAAAAAGCUAGACUUUGCUUUCCUAACUGAUUGUGUAUAUUGGUUCCUGACUUCCCUGAAAAGUUGCAAAAAGCGGGGUGAACCAUGGGCUAUAUCUGUCCAUAGUUCUGAAUUUUUUGAAUGGGGCAUGUUUAUUUAAGAUGGCGAGGAAAGCACUUUUAAAGAACAACCAGGCAUCCUCUACUGAUGGAAUGAGGUCAAUAUCCAUCCAGGAUACCCGGGCCAGGUCAAUUAGAAAGGCCUGCUCGCUGAAGUGUUUUAGGGAGCAUUUGACAGUGAUGAGGGGUGGUCGUUUGACCACGGACCCAUUACGGACGCAGGCAAUGAGGCAGUGGUCGCUGAGAUCCUGGUUGAAGACAGCGGAGGUGUAUUUAGAGGGUAAAUUAGUCAGGAUGAUGUCUAUGAGGGUGCCCAUGUUUACGGAUUUAGGGUUGUACCUGGUAGGUUCCUUGACAAUUUGUGUGAGAUUGAGGGCAUCUAGUUUAGAUUGUAGGACGGCCGGGGUGUUAAGCAUAUCCCAGUUUAGAUCACCAAGCAAUACGAACUCUGAGGAUAGUUGGGGGGCAAUCAAUUCACAUAUGGUGUCCAGGGCACAGCUCGGGGCUGAGGGGGGUCUGUAGCAAGCGGCAACAGUGAUAGACUUAUUUCUGGAAAGGUGGUUUUUUAGAAGUAGAAGCUCAAACUGUUUGGGCACAGACCUGGAUAGUAUGAUAGAGCUCUGCAGACUAUCUCUACAGUAGAUUGCAACUCCGCCCCCUUUGGCAGUUCUAUCUAGACGGAAGAUUUUGUAGUUGGGGAUGGACAUUUCAGAGUUGUUGGUGCCCUUCCUAAGCCAGGAUUCAGACACUGCUAGAAGAUCAGGGUUGGUGGAGUGUGCUAACGCAGUGAGUAACUCAAACUUAGGGAGGAGGCUUCUGAUGUUAACAUGCAAGAAACAAAAGCUUUUACGGUUACAGAAGUCAACAAAUGAUAGCGCCUGGGGAGUUGGAGUGAUACUAGGGGCUACAGGGCCUGGGUUAACCUCUACAUCACCAGAGGAACAGAGGAGGAGUAGAAUAAGGAUAUGGCUAAAGGCUUUAAGAACUGGUCUUCUAGUGUGUUGGGUACAGAGAAUAAAAGGGGGCAGAUUUCCGGGCGUUGUAGAAUAGAUUCAGGGCAUUAUGUACAGACAAGGAUAUGGAAGGAUAUGAGUACAGUGGAGGUAAACCUAAGCGUUGGGUGACGAUGAAAGGGAUAGCAUCACUGGAGGCACCGAUUGAGCCGGUCUCCGCAUGUAUGGGGGGUGGGACAAAGGAGCUAUCUGAGGCAGGUUGAGCGGGACUGGGGGCUCUACAGUAAAAUUUUAUAAUAAGAACUAACCGAAACAGCAAUAGGCUAGGCAUAUUGACAUGGGAGAGGGGCAUAAAGCAAUCACAGGUGUUAUUCGAGAGAGCUAAGACAACAACUGGUAAUGGCAACGAAAGUUUGGGCUGAGGCUAAACAGAUAAACAGGAUGGGGUACCGUGUAAAGGAACAGUCCAGCAGGCAUCAGCUGUGCAGCUGAGUGAUCAUAAGGUCCAGUGAACAGCAAUAGGUGAGUCCAGGAGCAGUUCGUAGGCUGCUACAGCACAGGCGAGCAGGAGGCACGGCUGUUGAUUGCGUGUGCUAGCGGGCCGGGGCUAGCAGAUGGAUCUUCGUGGUCGUCACAACGGGAAGCUUGUUGAAACCACAUCUGACGAUUACGUCGGCAGACCAGUCGUGAUGGAUCAGCGGGGCUCCGUGUCGACACUAGGAGGUCCCGUCCGGUUGACAGAGAGGUAGAUAGCCGGGAGAUGGGCCUGGCUCGAGGCUAGCUCAAGGCUACCUGGUGCUUGCUUCGGGACAGUGGUGAUUAGCCAACAACAACAUCCAUUCGGUUGCAGCUAGCUAGUUGCGAUGAUCCGGUGUUAAGGUCCAGUGAUUCAGUGAUUCCGUCAGAAAAUCCGAUAUGUUCUGGGUCGAUAGCGCGCUGUGCAGAAUGUGCAGAAUGGCCACGGACAAUGGUGAAAACCGCUAACGGUGGCUAAUAUUAAGUAGCUAGUUAGCUGGCUAGCUGGCUAGUUUCAGCCGGAGGUUCUAGAUAAAAAGGUAUAAGAAAUAAUAGAAUCCGUUCCACAUUGGGUGAGGCGGGUUGCAGGAAAGUAUAUUUAGUUGAAGGAUGAAAAGUGAGAUUUAUAUAAUAUAUACGAAAAAAACAAAAAAAACAGGCUAUUUACAUGAGCACACUACAGAAUACACGACCGCACUGCUACGCCAUCUUGCAAUCGGAGGAGAAGGGCCUUGGUCAGGGAGGUGACCAAGAACCCGAUGGUCACUCUGACAGAGCUCCAGAGUUCCUCUGUGGAGAUGGGAGAACCUUCCAGAAGGACAACCAUCUCUGCAGCAAUCCACCAAAAGGGCCUUUAAGCAUGUAUACGGGUAAGAGUCUAGCAAAAUUUUCCAGAUGUACGUUUCUAAUUUAGUCAGAAAGUCAUUUUUAUUGCAAGUUAAAGCAUACUGUUAGUUAGCUAACAAAAUGUUAGCUUGCUGGCUCGCUAGCUAAUGUUACGUGUAUGAUCUGUGUAGUAAUAUUAUUCGAUUCAGAAACCCCUUUGCACUAGUUAUAGCCUAAUGUUAGCUAGUUAACAUUGAACCUAGUUUGUUGCUACCUGCAGAUUCAUACUACAGCUAUGACAAUGUUUUGUAUUGGUAGUAGUAUGAGUUGGGGUUAUGCCGGUUCAUUGUUUAGCUAGCUAGCUACCUAUCUAACUACAUGUCUAAACAAUAGACUCCACUUCGGCCGGAUUAUUACAUGACCCAUCAAAUAAGCAGGUGUGUCUGCGGGUGAUUACGGCCAUCGAUUGUAUUUCAUUAACAUGUGUACAUAUCUAGACAAUAGUGACCCAUCCACUUCGCUAGAUGUGGCUAGGGGGUGGUUAUAGUAUUUCCUUCACAUGACCCAUCAAUUUAGACAAGUGUGUCGGGUAAGCAUCAUCUAAUAAUGAUAAAAUAUUUAUACAAUAUUUUUAUCUGGACACGUUCUGUUUUUGAUAUUGCUACUACGUUAUAUCCUAAUUUGACUUCGGUGCAGGUCAUGCAGGCUGUUCUUCGCAUUACCGUCUCUGGUAAACACACACUAUAUCAAAUAAAAUCAAAGUUUAUUUGUCACAUGCACAGGAUACUAUUUUGUUUAGACAUGUAGAUAGCUAGCUAGCUUGCUUAACAAUGAACCAUAAUCCCAACUCAUAACAUUACUACCAUGCAUGAAUCUGCAGGUAACAAAAUGUAACCAACUAGCUAGGUUCGCUUUCUGAGAUACUAAUAAUAUUACUACACAGAUCAUACAUGUAAUGUUAGCUAGCGAGCCAGCCAGCUAACGUUAGCUAGCUAGCUAACAGUACGAUUUAACUUGCAAUGAAUACGACUUUCUGACUAAAUUAGAAACAUAUAAUAUCUGAAAAUGUAGCUAGCUAGACUCUCUUACCCGUAUACAUGGAUGGACGCUUCUCCCUCUCUGUCACGGAUGCUAUGGUUGCCCUUAGUUUGAAGAUGUAAUCCGGAGACAGAAUUUUCUCCAUAUCCUUAGCUAUCAUACUCUGCUUCCCACCGGGCAUUCCACUGAUUUCAAAACUCUGUCAACUUCUUUGUUGCAGUUCUUUGUGAUAUAUUUAAAAAAAAAGCUGCAUUAGAAAGGAUUACCUACACAUACUGAGCAGCUCAAGUUCUAGACAGAAGCAUGCUACAUGGCAGACCAAUCCGAACCCAUCCAUUAUCUCAGCCAAUCAUGGCUAGCGGGAAGGUUCCUGUCUUUUUCCGUGGCUAAACCAACUAGGCUCGUAAUUUAACAAUUUUAUUCAUAUUAACAGGUGGCAUACAAGUUUGUUAUUAAGGCACAUGAAAGUUCACGUUCCAGAACGCAUUUUGAUAAAAAAAAAAUACAAGUUUACGUUCAAAUGCCUCUCCUGUGAGGUAGUGAUGUGUGACAUACGCCUAGUUUCCUGAAAACUGCCCCAGGUAACCCUGUCUCACUUCCCCAUCCAGGCAACUCUCCGAGGAGAAUGCUAACCUGCAGGAGAACGUAGAGAAGGAGAGCAGUGAGAAGAAACGACUGAGCCGCAACAACGAGGAGCUCCUCUGGCGUCUACAGACCUCCCCUCUCUGCUCCCCCUGCUCCUCUCCCAUCCACCGCUCCUUCUCCACCUCCCCCACUCCCUCUUCCUGCCUCUUCUCCUCCUCUCCUGGGUUGGGAGGAGGGACGGGGUUCCUGCCCUCCACACCUACACACGGCUACUCCCCUAGUCACAGAGAGAAUCAGAAUCGGUCUCCAGGGCCGGCCACGCCCACUCACAGAGGAUUCUCCAAUCAGAAUCAGUCUCCAGGACCGGCCACGCCCACUCACAGAGGAUUCUCCAAUCAGAAUCAGUCUCCAGGACCAGCGACGCCUACUCACCGAGUGUCACCCAAUCACCGUCACUCGCCUGCUCGGCUCAACCCCCUCAUGAGAUGA